GCCAUGCCAGCCAGACAACUUUGAGAAAUUUAAGAGCUGUAAAAUGAAAAGUGGGGAUCUGGAGCUCAGAUGUGAUGUCUAGGAUGGAGAUAAAUUAGUGAGUCAUCUGUAAAUGCUUAUUAAAGCCAUGCGCAUAAAUGAGUGAAGAGAGCCUAGGAUGGAGUCUUGGAUACUUACUGACCAGGUUAGAGAAAUAUGAAUCUUCAAAGAAGAUACAAGAGGAAUGUCCAGAAAGGGAGGCAAACCAGAGGAAAAGAUGCUGGAACCACAGGAGAAUGGGUUGAUUGACCUACCAGAUUAUGAGCAUGUAGAAGAUGAAACUUUUCCUCCUUUCCCACCUCCAGCUUCUCCAGAGAGAGGAGAUGCUGAAGAAGCUGAACCUGAUGACGAGUCAGGAAGAGGAGCACCUGUUCUUGUAACUCCAAAGAGGACAGUUAAAAGGAAUAUACCCAAGCUGGAUGCUCAGAGAUUAAUUUCAGAAAGAGGGCUUCCAGCAUUAAGACAUGUGUUUGAUAAGACAAAAUUCAAAGGUAAAGGUCAUGAGGCUGAAGACUUGAAGACGCUAAUCAGACACAUGGAGCACUGGGCACAUAGGCUAUUCCCUAAACUGCAAUUUGAAGAUUUUAUUGACAGAGUUGAAUACUUGGGAAAUAAAAAGGAAGUUCAGACCUGUUUAAAACGAAUUCGACUUGAUCUCCCUAUUUUACAUGAAGAUUUUAUUAGCAAUAAUGAUGAAGUAGGGGAAAAUGAUGGCCAUGAUGUAACUGCUGCUGAAUUAGAUCCCUUUUUGACAAACUCAUCUGAAAAUGUGACGUUUGCUUCUGAGUCAAGUAGGAGCCUAACUGAAGAGCAACAACAAAGAAUUCAGAGAAAUAAACAGCUGGCCUUGGAAAGAAGGCAGGCAAAGCUACUGAGUAAUAGUCAGUCCCUAGAAAAUGACUUGUUAAUGAACACAUCCGGGGCACAGACAGUUGAAGAUGUUAAUACAGGUGAGGAUCUAAACGAGGAGGAAUCAGAUGGACUUAACAAAGACAUUCUAGAUAAUCCACAUAAUGGUGCUGCUGCCAAUACUGUAAAUGAAGAGGAGGAGUUAAAAAUAGAGAAAACCCAACUGGACCAAUCCUUUUAAAAUGCUUCAUCUAGAAAUGUUACUGAAGUUGGAUAGGCCUCAGCUAAGAGGAAAUUAACUUGGUAUCCUCCAAGUUUGAGAUUCCUAUGUAUUUUGCCUACUUUGAGUGAAAUCCUUAUGUAGUAAAACCUUUACAGAUUCCUGCUUAAAAUCUGGUAUUAUUUAUAAUUAUACUUGUUUCUUAUUAACUUUAGUUAAUUCUUAUUUAUUCUUUUUAGUGUUUUUGUAUAGAUAUGACUUCAUAAUGAUUGGUAGUUAAUAAGCAGCUUCUGCCAGUGUGCCAUUGAGUGUCUUGUUUUCACUAAAUUAGGUGGUGUUUUAAGAUGUAAAUAUAUAAUGAGUAUUAAUGUCCAUUUAAAAAAGAAAUAAAAAUCUUACAAACUA